AUGGGCGCCCGCCCCGCGCCCGGGUGGGGACCGCGGCCUGCCAAGCGCCGCCGACGGGACCGACCCAGCCAGGAAGACCCCUCCAAGGAGACCCCGGCCCACGCGGACGGCCAGGUCGGCCUGACGGCCCUGGUGGUCCUGGCGGCCGGCUGCGGCCUGCAGGUGCCCGUGGGCGGCCGCGUCGAGCUGGUGGUGCUGGAGCCCGCGCCGGUGCUCACCGUGGACCUGCAAGGCCGCAGGCUGAUCCUCAUCCCCCAGGACCUCCUGGGCCUCAUCGACCAGCGCCCGGGGCAGCCCGGGGUCUCAGCCCGCGACGACCGCGCCCCGCCGGACGCGCGCGCCGAGGACGGGACGGCCCCGCGGGGCUGCGGCCCGGUCCCCGAGGUGGCGGGCCGAGAAGAGGCCUACGCCGCCGAGGAGGAGGAGGAGGAGGAGGCCGAGGCCCAGGACGCCGCCCCGCCCCACCUCCCGGAGCCCAGCCGCCCCAGCCCCGGGCCUGGACACCCCAGCCCGCCGCCCCAGGGUUCAUCGACGGCGCCCACCCCGGAUCCAGACAGCCGCGGCGCACAGUCCGUCUUCUUCCACCUUCCCAGGUCGGCCCCCGGCUCGCCGCUGCAGCCGCUGCCUGCGUCUCCCAGCCCGAGUUCGAAUCCGACCCGCCGACCCAGUCUCCCCCAGCGCCCCGCGCGCAAGGCCCGCAGACGCCUGUUCCAGGAGUGA